UCAUCUGGCGAUCACGUGACAUGGGUUUGUUUUUCUCCCCACCCCUUUCCCCAAGACAGCCCGGUCGUGGCGAUUCGUCUCGGCGUCCACUGGAGAUGGUGACCCCUGAGAACUUGACCGGCGCCGGGGGAGUGCGGAGGGACCCCCGGCCCGACCGGGGAGGGAGCGCUGCGGGCAUCGGCGGCACCCCAGCCGAGAUAGACACGGCGAUCGUGUUGCUGGGGGCCGGGGUGACGGCGAUCACUCACCCGCUACUAUAUGUCAAGCUCCUCAUUCAGGUUGGGCAUGAGCCCCAGCCUCCCAAACUAGGAACCAACCUGUUUGGGAGGAAAGUCCUGUAUCUUCCAGGAUUCUUCUCUUACGCCAGGCACAUUGUCCAGGUGGAUGGAAAGAGGGGGCUUUUCCGUGGCCUGUGUCCCAGAAUUGUGUCCAGCGCUAUAUCCACCGUGGUCCGCAGUAAAGUCAAACAGGUGAUCCCCAUAGAAGACAUGGAACAUGUGUCCAACAAAGACGACAUCAAGACGUCCCUCAGGAAAGUGGUCAAAAAGACCUCACACGAGAUGGUGGUCCAGUGUCUGUCGCGGAUUGCUACCCAUCCAUUCCACGUCAUUUCAGUGCGGUGCAUGGCUCAGUUUGUGGGAAGAGAGGUAAAGUACAGCGGUCUGUUCAGCUCCAUUAUGAAGAUCUUUCAAGAGGAGGGCGUGUCGGGAUUCUUUGUCGGGCUGGUCCCCCAUGUUCUUGGGGAGGUCAUUUUCUUGUGGUGCUGUAACCUGCUGGCUCACUUCAUCAACACUUACGCUGUGGAUGACAAUUUCAGCCAGGCCCCAGCAGUCAGGAGCUACACCAAGUUUGUGAUGGGGAUUGCUGUCAGCGUACUCACAUACCCCUUCCUGCUGGUGGCGGACCUGAUGGCGGUCAAUAACUGCGGGCUGGCCACUGGACUCCCCCCCAACUCCCCCAUCUUCAAAUCCUGGGCCCACUGCUGGAGACAUCUGAGUGUGCAGGGCCAGCUGUUCCGAGGUUCCAGCUUCUUUUUCCGCAGAGUGCCUCUGGAGAUGGCGGUCCUGUCUGUAGAGUGAACCCGGCAGAGUUCAUCCCCGAACCCGGUACCUCAAUCUGUGGCCGGAGGACAGCAGCCAGCCCACGCGCAAUCAUGGGUCCCUUCCUCUAUGUAAAGCACUUUGAGAUUCCUGAAACAAAAAACGUGAAACACACGCAAGGAAUGAUCAUUAACAAUAAGAAUUAUUGUUCUUAUCUCUAACCCUAUUAGUGUUGCCAGUGUUGAUGUUGUUCUAACUAUUAUUUGGGAUGUGCCAGAGAUUCAGGAAUGACAGUGCUUCCCUUUGAAAGACUCCCGGAUUGUCUGUAAUCUGUGUUCUGGAUGCGCUGCAGUCUCCUCGGUGCCUUACAGGAGAGAUUCUGCCUGCCGGAGGAGCCGUGUGUCUUAAACUAACACCCCUUCAAGGCUUGAUGCUGCCUGUUGCCUGCUCGAACACGCCCAGCCACAUCGCCAGCCCCCCCCCCGAGCCAUCCCAGUCAGAUGAGUGCUCAUGAAAUAGCCUGGGUUUGAGCGAGCUCCCUCUGGGCUGCAGGGCUCAACCUGCUCUCUGUGCAAAGAAAACAUGCUGGCCGUUCUAGAGAGCAGCCCUGAUUCUCCUCCUGGAGUGUUGUUAAGGUGCUGAUCUUGAGAAAGCGGCUGGGAGCGAGCGUUGUUAUUGGUAUCUUGAUGGGCAGUGCGUCGUUUGUGUUUGAGGGCUGUGAGCUCACCUUGAUUGACCACAUGCUGAGGUAACAUCACUGGAGCUUUUAAAGGGAGCUGGAGCACCGACUGUGACUCAGGGCGAGAACCAUCAGUGCUCUCGGGGAGUUUUCUUUACUUGAGGAAUAUAAAUUGGGUAGAUUCUAUUUCCUUUGUGUCCUUUUAACAUUUUCUUUUUAACAUUCUUACCUUUUUUAAAGCACCUGCGAUUGCUUUUGUAUUUUGCGGUAACAAAUUCCACCGCGUUCACGCAGCACUAAAGACGUCAGGCCAAACUGCGCAACAGUUUGCGGGUUCUGUGUGUGUGUGAGGGGCAGGUGUAAAACUCCACAGAGCAUGUCUUCCUGUAACAUAACAGUAUAGAAACAGAAAAGGUCUUCUUAAAAUCGUAACACCACAAUUUAAAUACCUUGUGCUCUGCAGGCCUACAAUUGACCAAAUAGCCCUUUCAUUCCAGUUUUAUUCUUUUAUUUUUAUAAUUUUUAAUUUUUCUUGCUGCAGGAGCUGGACAAUGUUAUCCUGGCUUGUGAACUCCCUGACUUAGGCGUAAAAGCCAGGAAUGCCUGGUUUGGGCUUUGUUUUUUUUUUUGGCUGACUGUGGUUCAUACAUUCUGUUCUGCCUCCAUUUUGAGAACUACAUAGUAAAACACUAAAUGUUAGUGCUGAGCUCUCUGUUUCACUUUUCACCAUUAUAGCCUGUCCCACUUGCUUGCUGUUGUGUGUGGAGUGUAGUUUUUACUAAUUCAGGAAGUCAAGAAUGGUUGAAGCCAGAUUGAGAUUAUACAUGUGAAGAAGUUCUGGUGUUUCUGAGAGAAGUUUCUUCAUGGGCACUGUCACAGAAUUUCAAAGCCCUAGACCUACACUCAAGAAUCAAGCCUUUCUCAUAAGGGCAUAAUAAAUGAUAGAAAAGAGAAGGCCCUUUGACCUAUCCAGCCUGUUUGGUAGUUUGCAAAUAUUGAUCCAAAAAUCUAAUCCAGCCAUUUCCUGAAAGAUUCCAGGGUAUGGGCUUUAACAACAUGGCUGGGUUGGCUGUUCCAUACUCCCACUACCCUUAGGGUAAAGAAGUGCCCCCUUUCCUUGGUCUUAACUACAUGUCUAUGAAGUUUUGAACUUGUGUCCUCUGUAUCAUGAAUCUCCUGUGUGUUGAGAGAGAGGGGUAUUCCAGGAUAGAAGGGCUGUGUCCGGAGAGGGAAUUUGCUUGGGAGCAUCAGCACUCCUGGACCAUGGGCUUUCUGAAGCUACCCUUUCUAGACUUCUGACACAUUUUAAAUUAAGGUAUUAACUAAUGAGCUCAACAAAGCAAACAGCUUGGGUGUGGAACACUAAUAAGAAAAUGGGUCUGUCAGUAUUGCUAUUUCAGGUUUUCUGGUGCAGUGAACAGUAUCUCUUUAAUAUCCUCUCCCUAUCCUUGUCCCUCAUCGAUUGCUGGCAGGUCAGCUAUUCUAAUUAGGUCAUCAGUUCUCUUCGAUGAGACAUGACAGCUAUUUUAUGGGUCAGCAAGGAAAGGCCGUUUAUUCACAUAACUACUCUACGGCCAAAGUACACAAGUGCACUCUUGUCUGCCAGAUACAGUACAGGAUAAGCCAUCAUUCAGCACCAUUCCAUCAGACCUAUCCUACUCUGUACUGUAGUAACCGUGUGUAAUAUAGGAUUUUUACUGCCGUUUUGGAAAUAAGAGCUUUUUUUGUAUGACUACAGGACUGAGAAGUCAUUGUUCAAAUAGCCUGAGUGGGGUACAGUUACUAUUAAAAAGUAAUGCAAUACAGUGAUAUACAGAAAACAAAUAGUUAUGUAAGGGGGAAUUACAGUACAUGCGUAAAUAAGAUUUGGGGCAGGGGGAAUGAUUUUGAGGUAAUGGAUUACUUACCAAUUUCUGUGUUUCCAAAUUAUUUUUCCCCCAACAUGCUGUUAAUUUUAAACAGUAAAGACAAGUAGACAAGUAAGUUGUGCCAGUAAUGCAUUACCUUUUAAAAGUAACGUUCCCCAACACUGGAAGGAGGGGUGUACCCCUUCUUCCUGUAGAAGACGAUUUUCUUAGUGACUCUAUGCUCUCAACAUUUUUUAUGCAACAACCAAUACAGUUAUUUGCAAAGCUGGGUCUGUUAACCCAGCUUUUAAAACAGGGGUCUCUAGCCCUGGACCUGGAGAGUCCCAGUCCAGUUAGUCUUGAAGGAUACCUUAAAUUACCUCUUUGCUAAAAAACAUUAGGAUCGCUUGUAAGUAAUUUAUUGAUGAAGCAGGUAAUUUGUGCAAUUAAAGGAACCGAGCUCCCUGAGGGUGGAAGAGCCUAUAGAUUAUUGUCCCAGAUUAUCUCUUCAAAAUUGAAAAACUCACAGAUCACACUUAAAUUAUUCCAGAUCUUUAGAAAUGGUUCUGAAAACCUGCUGGACAGGACUUCCCCAGGGCAGGGUUGGUGACUCCUGUUCUGAACACUCCAAGCUCAUACAUUUUAUGCCAAUUAAACACCCUAAUGAACAAUUACAGUGUAUUGCACAUGUAGAACUAGAACUUCCGAAUCAUUUUAAUUACGUUUUGUAUUCCUUAAUGAAUUACAGUUUGGGGUGGGGAAGUAGGGUAUUUUUAUUUGGGCUGUAUUCAAAGAAGCUAAAAGUGAUCAAGAAAAGAUACAAAAAGCAUGUAUUAUAAAUAGUAAGAUGACAAUUAAAGAAACUUAAUAGCUUUGUUUUAUGCUGUUUCACAGGUUGAAAUAUUAGGGAACAGUGUGACGUGUGUUUUUUGGGGAUUGCCUGUUUUAAAAAAAUAUUGUGGCAUUUCCUGCCUUGAGAAGGUGUUGAUGGAUGCAGUUUCGUCAGAUUUCCCUGAAGUCUGAGCUUUUCUGCUCUGUUUGGAUUUUGCUUCUUUUGUUCUAGUUGUUGAACUGGAACAGCUCAAGUCUCCUUUGUGAUCCUGUGAAGGAUCGCUAAUAUAUGACCUUUGAAAAAGCACUCAAAUCCCCUCCAUGGGCAAAAUGUUUCUUUUUUCCUCCAAUAAUAUCAAAAUAAUGUCAUCAAGCGACAAGCCCAGACCUGCGUGCUGGUGUCGGACUGCUCUGUGGGUUCGUUACCGUGAGCUCAGUCUGAAAACACGCUGUGAGCACUAAUACGCUGCGCUGUAACCUUUGUCAUCGGCUUUUAAAUGUUGAGUCGAGUAGUCUUGAAGUUUUAAGAGGGUUUGAAACUGAAUUUAUGCUUUUUGCCGGAAUGAAAUCCAUCUGCAUUUUUUGGAAUGCUUGUUACAGGUUUUCAAUUUUUUUCCUUUAUCCUAGUAUUUUACAGUUGUUGUUUACAUCUCUGGGUUUCUCUUUAUUUUGUCGUGAGUAGCUUAGUUGUUCCACCUCGGAGCCUGGAUCAGACAGGGUGUUUCUAUCGGGUCAGCCCGUCGCUGGUGUGGGAUCCGCCCGCCCUGCGACCGAGCCCGGAAACCCGGAGCCACGCAGAGACCCCGUAGUAAGACAAAACUGGCUUGUAUUGUUUGCAUUAGUUGACUGUGUGUGAAAUGGGGGGAAAUAAUCUGAAUUGUGAAUAAAACUUUUUUUUUGCAAACCA